GAACUAAUCCUCAACUUAAACAAUUCCCUUCUCUCAAUCUCUUAAAAAAAAUGAAUGUCCUUGAAUAUUUUCUUCCUCUUUUGGUUAUCGUCAUGUGUUUUACUUAUUCUACGUGGUGGUACCUUAGUAAUAGAGGGUGGAAAUCAAGCUCAGCGCCAACAAAUUGGCCACUAGUUGGAAUGUUGCCUGGGCUUAUUCAAAAUACUCAUCGUGUCCAUGAAUUUGUAACUGAUGCUCUUGUAGAAUCUAAGGGAACUUUUGAGUUUCAUGGUCCUGUUCUUGCCAACUUGAACAUGUUACUUACUAGUGAUCCUGCAAAUAUCCAUCAUAUCCUUAGUAAAAAUUUCUCAAACUAUCCAAAGGGUGUUGAGUUUCGUAAAAUUUUCGAUAUGAUAGGAAAUGGAAUCUUCAAUGUUGAUUAUGAUCUAUGGGAGAUGCAUAGGAAGACCACCAUGUCCUUAAUGAAUCAUCCCAAGUUCCAAACUAUGUUGGAGAGGAACAUGUGGAGUAUUAUCGAAAACGGGCUCUGGCCUAUUCUUGAUGGUUUUGCUGAACAGGGUACCCUGUUUGAUUUGCAAGAUAUUUUCCAGAGAUUCACUUUUGAUGCUAUAACUAAACUGUUACUUGAUCAUGAUCCAAAAAGUUUGUCUAUUGGCUUACCUCAUGUUCCAUGUGAGAACGCAUUCAACGACUCUCUUGAUGCAUUUAUGUACAGACAUUUCUUGCCAGAGAGUUGCUGGAAAUUGCAAAAAUGGCUUCAAAUUGGUAAAGAAAAGAAGCUUAUUCAAGCACGGGAGGCUAUUGAUCAGUUCAUAUAUCCUUGCAUUUCGCGGAAACAAGAAGAGUUGAUGCAUCAUACAAGUACAGCCAAAGACGAGGAAUUCAUAUUCUUAAAUGCGUACAUCAAAAUGUACAAUCAAUGGAAAGAUGGCGAUUUGGGUACUUUGCAAACAUUUCUAAGGGAUACUUUCUUGAGUUUAUUGUUUGCUGGUAGAGACACCACAAGUGCAGCUCUCACUUGGUUUUUCUGGCUCUUAGCUAAGAAUCCCUUAGUAGAGAAAAGGAUUAGAGAAGAGAUUCAACAACAACUCAAUCUCAAAGAGGGCGAAAAUCUCAAGUUUUUCGCAAUAGAAGAAGCAAGAAAACUAGUCUAUCUACAUGGUGCUUUGUGUGAAACCCUAAGGUUGUUUCCAUCAGUUGCAAUUGAGCAUAAACUUCCACUUGAAUUUGACAUUCUUCCGAGCGGUCAUCGUGUUAGUCCAAACACGAGAGUUGUGUUAUCGUUCUAUACGAUGGGGAGAAUGGAAAGUAUAUGGGGAAAAGAUUGCUUAGAAUUCAAGCCAGAAAGAUGGAUUUCUGAACGCGGAGGGAUCAAACACGAGCCAUCUUUCAAAUUCCCGGCUUUUAAUGCAGGUCCAAGGACUUGUAUAGGGAAGGAAAUGGCAUUCAUUCAAAUGAAAAUAGUGGCAGCUACCAUCAUAUACAAUUAUCAUAUCCAAUUAGAAGAUCAAAUAAUUCUUCCAAAUUCUUCUGUUAUUAUUAAAAUGAAAAAUGGUCUGAAAGUUAGGGUUGUCAAAAGGGUUCCUCUUAUGUCCAAUUGAUAUUGAUGCACAUAAGAUUUUAGGUAAGCAGUGUCGAUAUAUAAAGAAGUAAAAUAAAUUACUAUAACAUGAUUAAUAAAAUCGUCUUCGUUAAUUAGUUUUUAUCA